AUGCAAUACGUUGGAAGAGCUAUUGGAUCAGUUUCAAAGACUUGGUCCUCUAUUAAUCCAGCCACUUUGUCCGGUGCUAUCGAUGUCAUAGUAGUGGAACAACCAGAUGGUACCUUGGCUUGCUCUCCAUUUCAUGUCAGAUUUGGCAAAUUUCAAAUAUUGAAACCUUCACAAAAGAGAGUAGAAGUUUUGGUGAAUGGCAAAUCAACAAAUAUUCCAAUGAAAUUAUCUGAUAGUGGUGAAGCAUAUUUUGUCUUUGAAACAUAUUCUGAUGUAAAUAGUAUUCCCUCAGAUUUAAUUGGCUCUCCAGUUUCCAGUGUCCCCAAUAGUCCCAAAAUGUCACCCGUUUCUACUAAUGAACCUGAAGAACAGUUAAGUUUAGAACAUGAUAAACAAAACGAAAAAUCUUUGAGUAAGACUGCUGAAGUAAAUAAAGAAGAUAGUUCUCUAGAAAAAAAUAAGAUUUUUCAAACGAAGUUAAACAGAAGAUUAACCCAGAUUCAUAUUCCAAAUACAGUAGAUAAUAAUGGAGAUAUUCUACUAGAUAUGGAGGGUUAUAUGCCAAAUACCAAUACUAUGCAUGAUACUGAUUUGCAACUAAAACAAUUAUUGAAAGAAGAGCUGGACAAUGAUACAGAUAUUACUAAAUUUAUUAAAGAAGAUAGUAAUGGAAGCAUACGGAUAGUAAAUCCUUAUGAACACAUUACAGGUUCAGGAUUACCAAGUACCCAACCCACUAAAGUAUUACAUCUUGCAUACAACUCCAUAUCUAUGAGUGAACCAUCAUUGGUAGACGAUACGGAACAUGCCACAUCAGAUUACAAUGAAUCAAUAUUGUCAGACUCUGCUAGCUCUGUAACUUCCAAUAAUGGCCAAAAAAAGGAAGAAAAGUUAAGCUCAACUAUACCCAGAAUAAACACUCCAAUUAAUCACAAUAAUACCACCUUUAAGACUACAAUCACAAAUAAUACUAAUGAUUCCACCAAAAUAAACAAUAAUGGUGAAAUUUCUUCAAAUACACAUGAAUUAAAUUAUAUCAAAACAUUAAGAUUGACAAGUGAUCAAUUAAAAUGUUUAAAUUUAAACUAUGGUGAAAAUAAUUUAACAUAUUCUAUAGAUCAAGGUAAAGCAAUUAUAACUUCUAAACUUUUUGUAUGGAGAUGGGAUGUUCCUAUUGUUAUUAGUGAUAUCGACGGCACGAUUACUAAAUCAGAUGCAUUAGGCCAUGUAUUGGCUAUGAUCGGUAAGGACUGGACUCAUGCAGGUGUGGCUAAAUUAUUCAGUGAAGUUUCGAGAAACGGGUACAAUAUUAUGUAUUUAACUGCACGAAGUGCAGGUCAAGCUGAUUCUACUAGAAGUUAUCUUAGAUCUAUUAACCAAGAUGGAAAUAAAUUACCUAUAGGACCUGUUAUCUUAUCACCUGAUAGGACAAUGGCUGCGCUGAGAAGAGAAGUUAUAUUGAAAAAGCCUGAAGUGUUUAAAAUUGCAUGCCUAAAUGAUAUCAGAUCCUUAUAUUUUCAUAAAGAUAUAGACAUGGAUGCUGCCAAUGAUGAUAAUGAGGAAAAGCCAACGCCAUUCUUUGCAGGGUUUGGUAAUAGAAUUACAGAUGCACUGUCAUAUAGAACUGUUGGGAUUCCCAGUUCACGUAUUUUCACAAUUAACACGGAGGGAGAAGUACAUAUGGAACUAUUAGAAUUAGCAGGUUAUAAAAGUUCCUAUUUACAUAUAAAUGAAUUAGUAGAUCAUUUUUUCCCUCCAGUAACUACUUCUUCAGAUGAUGUUAGAAGUAUAUUAUCAACUAGUCCAGGCUCACCUGUAAAUACGUCAAUGGAUAACUAUGAUUCAAAUAGGACAAUUGAAGCGAAGUCUCUUUAUAUGAGUAACCAAGGUGAAAAGUUUACAGAUGUAAAUUUUUGGAGAGAACCAUUAAUAAACAUUAAUGACUUAUCGGAUUUAAGUGAUGAUAGUGACUCCAAUAAAAAACAAGGCGAUAUUUUAACCAGUUCAUCACCUAAGAAUAACAGUCCAUACGAUAAAGGUGUUGUAACAAAUAGUAAUCGUCGACAAUCCUUUACAUUUCAAAUUCCUUACACUAGUCCAUCAAAAUCAACUACCAUUAAUAAUCAGUUGACGGAUGAUAAUAUUACAACACCAGACAAUUCCUCAAAGCGAAAAAACAAUAUAGGUAAACAAAUGUAUUUAAGUCUUGGGUCACCCUUAAGUUCUCCAUUGUUAUCAUCAAUUGAUAUGACAACAAUUGAUCAAGAUAUGAAAAAAUUAUCGAUCUUAAAACCGUCAUUGCCUACAUCUGGAGUAUCUCAGAUCAAUGUGUUAGAUGAUAACCAUUCAAUUCAUGAUGGUAGUCCUAAUAAUGCUAGUAAUUCUAAUGAGAGAUAUACAGAAGAGCAUGAUGGUUAUGAGGAUGAAUUCGACGAAGAUGAGUUUGAUGAAGAUGAAUUUUCAAACUAA